AAGCCCGCGUUCUGGAGCAUCUCUCGGUAUUUCCUCGAAGGCAUGCUGGCUCCAAGGCAUUGAAGUUGGGGGGGCAAGAAAUCUCGUUCUCAAACUCAAGGGGAGUUGCUCUAUGUUCGUCCAACUCAGGUUUGGCGUUCAUUAUGACGGGGAGGAAGGGCAUGAAGGUCUUCUGUUCCCAAAUUAAAAAUCAAGGUUUCUAUGUGGAGCUGGACUCUGGUUGAAUCGAAGAAAAAGUUGGUUGAUACUGUGAAAUGUUGAGGCAAUUUCUCAAUAUCCAAUGUGUGCCUAAGCACAAGGAUCGAAAUUAUGGGCCUUGGCGGCCCUCUAUAAGUCUCUGCUCCAAACUGGGUCCUGUAAUUCAGUUCUGUGAGUGAUCGGAGCAGUCGAUGGGAUCUCACCAUGAUAUACAUUCUUUUUGUGCUCUCCUCCAUAUGUUGCUUUCCAAGAAUAUGUUUGCCCCUGCCAACAGAGUUUUUGACAAAAUGAUUGGUUAUUGCAUUGUGAAUUCUUCUGAUUUAUCUGUUCCAAUUUGUGAAGGCCUGAGGAGGUAUGGUGCAAGUGGAAAAUUAGGAGCGGCGUGUAGCUUCUUGCUUGAUGGUUACCGCAAAUAUAGAAUGGUCGAUCAAUGCAUGAGUACGUUUCACUAUAUGUGCAAAUUGCGCAUUGUGGUAUCACAUUCCUCGUUAUCAGGAAUGUUGGAUUUUUUGGUUGAUUUGAAUCGUGCUGAUGAACUUAUCGGUAUUUACAAGUCCAUGUGCAAAUCAUUUGGAAGUCAGUGUCAUAGAGCUAUUUAUGAGCAUGCAAUGGAUAGGUUCUUGAAGAGGGGGGAAAUUGAAAAAAGCUGGAAUUUUCAUCAUGCGGUGAUUGAUGGUGGCGUUGUCCUUGAUAUCAUAGCGUGUAACAAGAUCAUGAGAGCUCUUUGCGAGAGACGUCAAAACAAUUUAGCUCUUCGAUAUCUGAAUAUGUUAAAGGUAACUGGUCCAAAGCCAUCGGUAGCGUCUUUCAGUAUUUUGGUUAAUGGUUUCUGUAAGGAGGGUAGAUUGGACGAGGCAUUUGAGGUGUAUGAGCUCAUGGCAAAGAAUGGUGUCGAUCCCGAUCUUGUAACUUAUACUAUUCUCAUUGGUGGUCUUCUAAAAGCUAAAAAGUUGGAUAAGGGUUAUGCUCUUCUCUCAGAAGCAUUGAAUAAAGGUAUUGAGUUCGAUGUGGUGACUUAUAGUUCAAUUAUGGAUGCAUUUUUGAAAAUUGGAGAUUCGAGAAGGGCUGCUGUGUUAUAUAAAAGAUGUUUGAAGUCGGGGAUCAAACCAAAUAUGAUCACGUAUGGCAUUAUUAUCAAUGGGAUGUGUCUGAAUGAUCGGAUAAUGGAGGGAUGUGGGAUGUUUGGUCAUAUAUUGAAGCUUGGUUAUGUGCCUUCUCUCUUGACCUAUAGCAGUCUUCUUGGAGGCUUGUGCAAAUUUGGAUACUUAAGAGAUGGUUUUAGGUUGUUUGGUGAUAUAGUGAAGAGUGGUGAAGAGCCUGAUAUCAUUGUCUAUAAUGUGCUGAUAAAUGGUCUUUGUAAGCAAGGCUUGAUGGUUGAUGCUCUCAGAUUCUUUUAUCAGAGCGUUGGCCAUGGGCUUAAUCCGAAUGUCUUUAUUUUCAACUCCUUGAUAAACGGCUGGUGUAAAUUAAGAUGUAUAAGAAAUGCUUUAAAGGUGUAUAACCAGAUGGGUUGUUAUGGCGUAAGACCUGAUAUUGUGACUCAAACCAUGCUCAUAAGCGUGGUUAUUGAGUUGGGAAGACUGGAUUAUGCUUUGCUGCUUUUUUUCCAAUUAUUGAAGAAGGGUUUCUCACCAGACGUUGUAACUUAUUGCACUCUUAUUGAUGGUGCAUGCAAGCAACAUAACUCAACUCUUGGGUUAGAGAUUUUCAAGAUGAUGCAGUGGAAUGGAGUGAUAGCAGACAUUGCAAUAUAUAAUGUUCUCAUUAACAUGUUGUUAAAGGAAGCUCGUCUAGGAGACGCUCUACAGCUUUUUGAUGAAGUUAAAGAAAGAGGCUUAGAGCCUGAUAUCGUGACAUACAAUACCAUGAUCUGCGGGUAUUGCUCUUUGAAAAUGCUGGACGAGGCGGUUCAACUUUUUGAGAAGCUUAAUUAUGGACAACUAAGACCGAAUACCAUAACAUUUACAAUUCUAAUUGAUGCUCAUUGCAAAGAAGGUAAAAUGGACGGAGCAAUGUCUUUGUUCGAGAAAUGUUGGAAAAGGGUCCGGAACCUAAUCUCAUCUCUUACAGUUGUCUAAUUGAUGGGUACUUUAAAUCUCAGAACCUUGAGAAUGCCUUUGAGCUUUAUGAGGAGAUGCUAAAUAGGAAGAUUUCUCCAAAUAUAGUUUGUUAUAGCAUUCUUAUUGAUGGUCUUUGUAAAAGGCGACUCAUGACAGAAGCAUCGCUUGCAUUUCAUUGUGCUAAAGACAGGCAUUUAGUGCCUGAUGUAAUAGCAUACGCGAUUUUGAU